AGAGAGAGAGAGGGAGAGUCUUCCACGAGCGAGAGAGAUGGAGAGAGGAGAGAGAAUCGAAGAAAUCACAGAAAAGCAAGGAUUUUUCCUCUCUUUUUCCUCCAAAAAAAAUCAAAUCUAUGACUCGAUUUUCAAAGAAAACUUAAAACCCAAACCAAACCCAAUCCUCCCAUCCAAAGCUUUCUCUCCACACAAAUCCAAAAUCACAAUUUCUUUCACUCCCCUGUCUUUAUUACGCCAAACAAUUUCCAUUUCAUUUCUAUUUCUUGCCCUUUUCCCCACUGUCUUUAAAAAGUUUUUUUUUUAAAAAAAAAAAAUUUAAAACAAAAAUAUAGAAAGAAAGAAAGAAAGAAAUGGCAGCAGUGAUUAAACAAAGCGGCAGGAGCAGGACUACUGCUGCUGUUCCUUCAUUCUUCGAUAUUGGAAGCAGCUGCUCAUGCUCGCUUAAUCAUAAUCAUCAUCACGUUCUUAUUCUUAUCCCCGACUUUCCCAAUCCCACUGUUCUUGAAUUUUAUCUGUUGUUGCUGCUGCCCAUUAUUGCCAUUUGGGUGUUCUUUAAAUCCCACCGCACAUCUCCAUCAAUCAAUGACUUUGAGUGCUUCAAGUCAGCAUCUUUCGUAGUAUUGUGUAGUAUUGUAAGUGUAUAUGUGGAUUUCUCUUUUUUUUUUUUGUCUUGGUGGGCAGAGAGAGAGAGAGAGAGAGAAAGUCAUUGCGCAAGAAUUUAUAUUCCACGACCCAACUUUUUUUUUUGUCAAACCCUGAUUAGUCAGUCGUGUUCCAUCGAGUUGGUCUUCUCUGGGUUUUCUUGAUUUCUAGGGUUUGUUAGUCCCUUGCCCUCUCUGGCUCGAGAUCGGGAUUUUUUUCCCAGCUCCAUUGAUGGGGUUUUGAUUCUUAGCUGCUCCCUUUGGAGAGGUACAGUGCUCUCGAUUACUUGGGUGUUUGGAUUUUGAGCUCGCACCAGCAAUGGAGGGAGGUUCUGAGGUAGAGAAGGUGAAGCCACCUGAAGGAGGAGGAGGGGGAGAGGGCAAGUCUAAGCGGAAGAUGAAGACUGCUUCUCAGCUGCAGAUUCUUGAGAAGACUUAUGCUGUGGAGCAGUACCCACCCGAGGCAAUGAGAGCAGAGCUGUCUGCUCAGUUGGGGUUGUCUGAUAGGCAGUUGCAGAUGUGGUUCUGCCACCGCCGCUUGAAGGACCGAAAGGCGCGGCAGCCCAAGGAUACCCCAGCUGCAGCUCCUUCUCCAGAAGUCGUGGCAACGGCAGCGGGACCUGAUGUGGCGAGUGGGCCCAUCCCUGGUACUGUCGCAGGCCCUGGUUCGUUUCCUCACCCGGCAGUGGACCCCUCGAGAGCUGCCCCACGAGUCGGGACAGCUGUUGCAAGGAUCAGUAGAGAUUUCCCGCCGGUGAAGAGAUAUUACGAGCCACAGUUGUCGAUGUUGGAGCGACGGGCCAUUGCAUCUGUGGAGGCCCAGUUGGGCGAGCCAUUGAGGGAUGACGGUCCAAUUCUUGGAAUGGAGUUCGAUUCAUUACCGCCCGAUGCCUUUGGAGCCCCCAUUGGAGGGCAUCAUAAACCAAGUAGAAGGAUCUUUCAGUCCAAAUACGAGCGGCCUGAUGCCAAACUAAUAAAGGACGUGCGACCGGUCCAAGAGUACCAGUUCCUUCCUGAAAAACCAACUGUUCGAAGUGAGAUGCAUGAAAGAGCUGAAGCAUCAUAUAAUAUCUUGCAAGUGAAUGAACAAGUGCCCCCUGAGAAUACUCUUCAAGGUCAACUGCCAACUUUGAAUCUCUUGGCUACUCCACCAGGAAGGCAAGGCCAGCCAUGGACAUCGGGUCUUACGGAGUAUGCAGCUGAUCCACGAAAGAACUCGUUUAUGGAUGUUGAGGUUCAUGGUGUUCAUCCAGCUAUGGUAAUGGAUCCUCUUACAUCAUCAGAGAGGAGGAUUGCCCAUAAUGAGGAGGUUUUACGAACUGAGAGAAAACGGAAGAGCGAAGAGGCUAGAAUAGCUAGAGAACUUGAAGCUCACGAGAAAAGGAUCAGGAAGGAGCUCAAGAGGCAAGAUAUCUUGAGAAGAAAGAGAGAAGAGCAAAUACGGAAAGAAAUGGAAAGGCAUGACCGUGAAAGGCGUAAGGAAGAAGAACGGCUGUUGCGAGAGAAGCAGCGAGAAGAGGAGAGAUACUUGAGAGAGCAAAGGCGGGAAUUGGAGAGAAGGGAGAAGUAUUUACAGAAGGAAUCCAUGAGAGCUGAAAAGAUGCGACAGAAGGAAGAGGUCCGGAGAAUGAAGGAAGCAGCGAGGCUUAAAGCUGCUAGCGAGAGAGCAAUUGCUCGUAGAAUUGCUAAAGAAUCGAUGGAACUUAUGGAAGAUGGGAAGUUGGAGCUCAUGGAAGUUGCUGCAUCAAGUAAAGGGUUGCCUUCAAUUGCUUCUCUUGAUUAUGAAACGCUUCAAAAUCUUGACUUAUUUGGUGAUUUGCUCACUGCUUUUCCACCGAAAUCUGUGCCACUGAGAAGGCCUUUUGCUGUUCAACCUUGGUUGCAUUCUGAGGAAAAUGUUGCAAAUCUUCUUAUGGUUUGGAGAUUCUUGAUCACAUUUGCUGACGUUCUUCAACUAUGGCCAUUCACAUUAGACGAGUUUGUCCAAGCAUUUCAUGAUUAUGAUGCAAGGCUAUUAAGUGAGAUACACAUAUCUCUAUUAAAAACAAUCAUUAAAGAUAUAGAAGAUGUCGCUAGGGCAUCUUCUAUGGGUCUCGGAGCAAAUCAAAAUGGUGCUGCGAAUCCUGGAGGGGGGCACCCACAUCUUGUCGAAGGAGCGUACGCUUGGGGUUUUGAUAUACGCAGCUGGCAGCGUCACUUGAACCCAUUGACAUGGCCCGAAAUACUUCGGCAAUUUGCUUUAUCUGCAGGAUUUGGCCCCCAACUGAAAAAGAAGGACAUUGAGUCAGCCCAUCUCAAUGAUGAUAAUACUGAGGUUAACAAUGGCGAAAAUGUAAUUUCUAUCUUGCGUGAUGGGACUGCUGCUGAAAAUGCUUUCGCUAAAAUGCAAGAAAGGGGAUAUUCUAGUUUACGAAGAUCAAGGCACCGCUUGACCCCAGGCACAGUUAAAUUUGCUGCUUUUCACGUUCUCUCUGUAGAGGGGAGUGAUGGCUUAAAUAUACUUGAAGUUGCGGAAAGGAUUCAGAAAUCUGGGCUGAGGGAUCUUUCAACAAGCAAGACACCAGAAGCUUCUAUUGCUGCUGCUUUGUCAAGAGAUACCAAGCUCUUUGAGAGAACUGCUCCGUCAACUUACUGUGUCCGUGCCACUUACAGGAAAGAUCCCGUGGAUGCGGAAGCUGUGCUUUCAGCUGCCAGGGAAAGGAUCCGCACGUUUAAAAGUGGAAUGAUGGAGGGAGAAGAAGAAGCCGAUGAUGCAGAAAGAGAUGAAGAUUCUGAGAGCGAUAGUGGGGAGGAUCCAGAGGUUGAUGAUUUAGGUACUGAAUCGAAUUUGGACAAAGAAGUACACCAAAAAGUUGGAAAUAGAUUGAAUCUGAGAGAGUCCCUAGGCAAUGGAAUUGAGAGCAAUGAAAUAAGACUGACUCAGGUGGAGAUUCCACAGAGUGGCCUCAAGGAUGCUAGUGGAGUUUCAACCAUGGCUCACUCACCAGACUUGUGCAGGGAGAGAGGCACUAUUGAUGAUGCUGAUAUUAAUGAUGAAGGCAUCGAGAAUAAUCUUGAUGAACAAGAGACAGAUAUUGACGGAAGUAUCCCAGUGGAGUCCUGGGUUGAAGGGCUUAUGGAAGGAGAGUACUCUGAUCUCAGUGUCGAGGAACGCCUUGGUGCUCUUGUUGCGUUAAUUGGAGUUGCAAUCGAAGGAAAUACUAUCCGCCUUGUGCUUGAGGAACGUUUGGAAGCGGCGACUGCGUUGAAGAAGCAGAUGUGGGCAGAAGCUCAGCUUGAUAAACGCCGGUUUCGAGAAGAUUACGUGAUGAAAACUUACUACCCUUCUCAGACAAGUUUGUCUGCGAGUGGGAAGCAAAGCCCUGCACCUGUCGCUGAUGAUGGCAGGAAUUGCAUGCCUGUGGAUCCUUCCAUGCAGCAAGAGCAGAUGAUCCAUCGCCCAACUGAAGAAAACCUGCAGAUACUGGAUAAUUUUGGCGGGCCUGAAGUUCUUUCACUGGCACAAGCAGGAUAUGCUGCAGAAAGAUCCCGAUCACAGUUGAAGUCUUACAUUGGUUAUAAGGCAGAAGAAAUGUACGUCUAUAGAUCGUUGCCACUUGGUCAGGAUCGGAGACGGAAUCGGUACUGGCGGUUUGCCACAUCAGCUUCACGGAAUGAUCCUGGAUGUGGGAGAAUUUUUGUUGAGUUACGUGAUGGCCAGUGGAGGCUCAUCGACUCUGAAGAGGGUUUUGAUGCCUUGUUGGCAGUUCUUGAUGUUCGUGGGAUUAGGGAAGCAAAUCUCUACUCUAUGUUGCGUAAAAUUGAACCGCUCUUUAAAGAAAUUGUGAGGAGGAAUUUUCUGGAUACUAAAGUCAAGAAGCAGAGUGAAGAAAGCCCCAGCAGCACUGUGGAGUCACUGCAUUCUGAUGCAUCAGAGGCCUCCACGUCCUUCCUGAUCGAGCUUCCAGGUGAGAGAAAUGGAGCUUUGAAGAGAUAUCAAGAAUUCGAGAACUGGAUGUGGAGAGAGUGCCUCAGUUCUUCUGUGUUAUGUGCUGCAAAGUUUGGGAAUAAGAGAUGCGUGGAACUGUUAAGAGGAUGCGUUCGGUGUCAUGAAGUUUUUGCUUUCGAGGAAGAAAACUGCCCCUCAUGUCAUAAGAAUGGUGGGACCUCCACCAGAGACGCUCAUUUUCUCAACCAUCGGGUGAAGCGUGAAGAGAAACUAAGUACAAUCCCAGCCUCUGACUUUAACUCAUGUGGUCCAGUUUCAUCUCCUGUUAGGAUCAGGUCACUUGAGGUUCAAUUAUCUGCUGUGGAGGCUUCUAUCCCCUCGGAAGCCAUUGCAGAUGUUUGGACCGAUUUCAGUCGGAAGUUUUGGGGAGCUGAGCUGAGCUCUUCAUCAUCAGCUGGAGACCUUCUUCAGGCUUUGACACUGUUGGAAUCGGCCAUUAAGAGGGACUAUCUAUCCUCGAAGUUCGAGACCACAACCGAAGUUUUGGGUCUUUCUAGUCCCAUUAAUGUUUUCUCCGUUAAUAAAAAUGUUCCUCUUCUUCCAUGGGUCCCAAAGACUACGGCUGCAGUUGCUUUGAGGCUCAUGGAACUCGACUCUGCUAUUUCCUACACUCUAAAUCAGAAGGCAGAGUCAGAGAGGGACGAGGGAGUUCAGGAGCAUAGCAAACUUUCAUUACGUUAUGCGCUACCGAGUCAGGGAAUAGCUGAAACUUCAUAUAGAAAUGAUCCUUUUGGAGAAGAGAGCUGGGUUGAUUCUGGGGGUCUGUUGGGCAGCUCUAGUCGUGGAAGAGGGACCCGUGGACGGACCCGAGCUCGUGCCACUGGGCUGAGAUCUCAGAGGAGGACUGUGGGUUCCCGAUCUGUGACUCGCAAGAGAAGUGAGAAGUCUGGUGAUGUUGUAGCCCUGAGGGGUCGACCGCGAGGAAGAGGAGGACGGAAGCGAGGAAGAAGCGCCCGUAAUCGGCAGAAAGCUCCAAUUAAGGCAACCCAGAGAGAUGUUUCCCCAGAGAAAGUGAAACCAGCCCAAUUCUCGGCAGUAGACAAUGCUUGGAACGAUGAUGAAAAUGAACUGUUGCCACUGGAGGAGAGUGAAAACAGCAGUAGCUCAGAAAGGUUUGACUAUGGUGAGGAGAAUGGACAGGAUAUGGGGUACGAGUACGACGAUGCCAUGGUGGAUAACUAUCAUGGUGGUUUCGGUGGGAAGUCUGAUGACUUAAUGGAAGGUAACGAGUUUGAGGAGGAGGAAGAAGAUGAAGAUGAGGAAUUGGGGGUUGAGGGGUAUGUAGAUGGACAAGAGUCUGAUGAGGUGGGGAUGAGACGUGGAGAUGCAUUCGGGAUCCAGAACAUGGGACCUGAGGAAGACGCUGCAGCUUAUACAUCCUCUGAUGAUUAUAGCGAUGAAGAUGAAGAUGAUUCUUGAUUCUUGACUUAGAUUGUAUCCAGAUGCAGUCUUCUAAAAUCGGGUUAGUCUCAACCUUAAUUCUCGGGGUUCCGAAUAGAGUCCAUAAUAGUUUGGGCUGGUGUUAGGCUAGAUGGAGUCGAAGGUUCGAAUAUUGUGUAGUAAAAGAAAAAGAGAGACGCAUUGUUCUUCUGUAUUAGAUUUUAACCCCAUCAAAAUUCUCAAGCUGCCAUGUAUUAUUUGUAGAGAGAAUUCUUACUGUGAGGAUUAAUUUAACUUAGCUGCAAGAGCUAAUCAAAUUAUAUGAA